AUGUUACUGAAACGUUUUAUUUCUCUUAAAGCCUCAGACGUACAGGCCCCUCUCUCGCUCCUGCAUCCACCUCCUCCCCCCUCAUCAGCGGCACAGAAGGGAGCUGGUGUCUCUGCCGGGGACGAGCCCACGGACAGCGAGCUGCUGGAGGCCUCACAGGACCAGGACCGGCCCCUGCAACCUCCAGCAGCCGUGGAGCAGACGGCAGAGACACCAGCUCCCCCGCCACGUCCUGGAGCUGCCAGUCCCCCGCCACCUGGAGUGCAGGAGUCAACGGAGCCAGCUGUCCUCCCUCCCCCGCCUCCUGCUGGCAGUGCUGAGCUGUUGCCUGCGUCCUGGCGGGCAGCUCUCACUGCGGAGCAGCAGCAGUGGAUCGGCCGGGAGCUGUUUACCAGGAGCAGCAAGGGGAGGUCCCAGCUCGUUAAGGAGUUGAACGUGUGGUGGUACCCUCCCCAGACCCUGCCAAUCUACACCCUUUCUGGCGCCGAGAGAACCUGGAACACAAACAUAUUCUGCUUUUAG